UAUUCUUAGGACACGGUAUUAACUUCCAUUUAUUUGGACAGCAUAGCCAACGCGUUAUCCCCAACCUUAAUCAUAACCCGUUAAUGCCUUACCAUAACCUAACCUAAUCACGAGACAAAUCCUAGCCCCAAACGUAACCAGAGCUUAGUUUUAGUCUCCAUGCAAACUACUGGUCCUGUUAAGUCAGAAAAAAAUACAUUAAAAACACAUUUUAUUAAAUAUUUAAUUUCACUCCCUUAAUUUCACUACUUAGCAACCUUAACUAAAAAGUAAGCAAUUACUAACUCUUGGUGCAAUAUUGAGGAUUAUAUCGAGAACAUUUUUAAUCAGGCAUUACGGUAAAAGGCAGCGUUACCAUGGAAUUUACGGAAAUACAUACUUUACCGCCGCGAGAGAAGGCGGAGAUGCCUUGAUUUCGAACAAUAAGUAACUUCUGUCUGAAUCAGCGUGGUUUAUUUUCAUCCUCCGUACAUUGUUUUGAUGUAAGGAGACUCCCCACAAGAAAAAUGCCAACAUGCAACACUCCAAAAGGUCAAAAACAUUUCUUCUGAUAUUCUGGACAGUCUUCAUCACAUGAAAGUGGACCUUCCUGGACAAAAUGAUACACAAAGCAAUAGUACAUUAGGGGAAAAGCCAUCACUUUCUGACUAUAUGAAAGGAAAAGUUUUAACUCUGGAGUCAGUGUUACUGCAAUUUUGUCACCAUCAAGUCCCCGCUUUAGGGAUCUGUCUGGAAAAAAUACAGCCAAGAGAAAGGAGAAUAGACUGUGGAUCUUAGUGGUUUUCACACUCAGGCUACUGAAGAUGCUUCAGACCAGUAACUACUCACUGGUGCUGCUGAUCCAGCUGACGCUGCUGACCUAUGACCUCUUAGUCAACUCCUUCAGUGAACUUACAAGGGGAGAGCCUGUCGUCCAGCUAGUGCUUUUUAUAAUCCAGGACAUUGCCAUCUUAUUCAAUGUGAUCAUCAUCCUGCUGAUGAUGUUUAACACGUACGUGUUCCAGGUUGGCCUGGUUUCUCUGCUGCUGGAGAGAUUCAGGGCAAUGCUGUUCUUCUCUGCCCUUUACCUGACACUCAGCAUCUGCUUCCACUCCUGGGUGUUGAACCUUCGAUGGCUUAAUUCAAACCAGUUUGUGUGGACAGAUGGUCUUCAAGCUCUAUUUGUUUUUCAGAGAACAGGAGCAGUGUUGUAUUACUACCUGUACAAACGCACAGCUGAGUAUAUGGGAGACCCCAGGCUCUAUGAGGACUCUCUCUGGCUGCGUGACGCCUUUGCCAGAGCCCGUCAGUGAAGACACAGUUUAGUAUCGAGGAGGACAUAGUAGGUCAUUAUAGUUUGCUUUAAUGAAAAGUGGAACUUUUCUUAUUGUUUAUAAGCUUUGACAUAACAGUCGAACACAAGUUUGAUGUUGAACACUGAUAGUAACCACUGAUGGGUAAUGGGUGUUUCAGGUUUUGUGUUUAUUCACUCUUUAUUGCCAAGUGGGCAGUUGUUAAAAUGGUUUACCAAUUAAGAUUACCAUGGUAUAUGUUGUAUCAUUUUAAUCUGGAAUGAUCUAUGUGGCCUUUGCAAUAAAUUUGAGUUGUACAAAGCAUUUUACAAUGGAAGACAAAUAGCUUUGCUGGAAUAUGUAUUACUUCCCUGCAAAGCAAGGAAGAGGUUGGUUUAUUUUGUCUUUUGUGAGACAAUUAUGUUAUUUACAUGUUACAUAAGGAAACUUUCAAGUGAAUCUGGCCAUCUUUAUGUGGGGACGUUUGAAUUGCAUUCCUACUGUGCAUAAUAAAUAAUCCUUCUGUAA